AUGUCGCAGCUCGACCAGAUCGUCAAAGGCGCGCCGCCGCCCGAGAUCCAGGUGCACCGGCCAGACACAGGCAGCCUGCCUCCCCCAUCGCCCUCGCCCUCGCCCUCGCCCUCACCGGCGCCCUUGUCUUCGAGCUCGCAGGAGUCGUCUGUGACGGCCGCUGCGCCCGAUCCGCUGUCCGCGCUGCCCUCCUCGCCGCCGCAGAUAUACCUGAACCUGCUCAUCGUCGAGUCCGCCCUGCGCGCGCAGUACCUGGCGCUGCGGGCCCGGCGCCGCCAGAACACCUUCUUCCUGCUGCUGCUGGCCCUCUGGAUCGUCUACUUCACCUAUGCCCUCUUCUUCCGGCCGCGCGAGGACGGCAGAGGGCUCGGCGGCUCCGUCUACUGGGUCGUCGAGACCGGCGAGAAGGUCGCCCUCACCGGCGGCGUCGUCACGGCCAUCCUCAUCUGGGGCACCGGCCAGUGGGAGCGAGGCAUGCGGUGGCCGCAGCGCUGGCUGGGGGUCACCAACCGGGGCAUCCGGGGCAUGAAUGCAAAGGUCGUGGUCAUCCCGGGCCCCUGGUGGAAGGAAUUGCUCUCCUACAUAUCCUUCAUCUUCCCUUACUCGGCCUUUUUCCCAUCCAACACAUCUUUCCACUACGUCGAGUACGAGAGGCCAGUCUCUGCCUCUGCCUCUGCUGCGGCUGCGGCUGCGGCUGCUGCUUCUGCUUCGGCUGGGGACAGGCCUGCCAGCCGCAGACGCCGGGGAAGCUCAGUGACCAGUCUGCGCCAGCCGCCGGACGAAGAAAACCGCAUUGGGGUCGAGGAAGACCUGGCUCCCGGGGGUGACUACAUACGGCUGCUCUUGCUGCCCAAAUCAUUCUCCCCGGCCUUCCGCAAGAACUGGGACGAGUACCGGACCGACUACUGGGAGAAGGAGAACGAACGGCGCGCUCGUCUGCGCCAGAAGGUCAAGGAGUUCACCCGCCAACAGGCCAGAGCAAACGCCGGCUGGCUCUGGUGGGCCAAAUGGAGAUACUGGAGACAAAGCUACCCGCGUGCUAUACCCGUCAUCAGCAAGAGUGGCCGGGACAUCGAGAGAUAUACCCAUCACAGGGCCUCGCACUCCCGCAAUUGGAACGCCAGCGAGCGGGAGAAACUCCGCCGGACGCCCCCCUACGCUGACUCGCACUCACACUCGCACUCGCACUCGCACUCGAGGACGUCUUCUCGAAGCUCAACGCCCCAUGCCGUCUCUGACGUCGAGGACAAGCUGCCUCUUGACCGUGAGCGGCGGUCGUCUGUCUCCCGCCGCGGCAGUGGUGGUUCUCCCGGCACGCCCAAGAGGAACAAGUCGGUCUCUCAGACAGCUUCGGGAUCAAGCAGGUUCUCUACCCCCUUGACUCCCCUGUCAGCCAGCGGCAGUGAUGAGGGUUCGUGA